GGUGCGAGGCGUCGGGAACGUCUGCGCAGGGCGGCGUUUCUCGGUUUGGUCCGUCAUGCGGUCCUUUGGCCUGGAGGAGUUUGGGAGUCUGGAAACCUCUUUUUUCUCGUGGACGGUUAAGGAUUGUUCGGCUGCAGUGGCCAAGGAAUUUCCUGAGAUGCUUUUCUUUGGUUCUGAGGCUCUUCCGAACGUGUGGAGGAGGAUUUUGUUCUGUCGAUUGUUACACGUACAACCCUACUAUUUUCUGGUUGGGGGUACGAUAGCACAAUGCCUUCAUUGUUUUAUUCUGUAGCUGAAAUUGGUUGGAGUUUUAUCUUUUGCAUCCUUCUCCUAGAACCGUGAAGUUAGUCACUGUCCAUAUUCUGAGCAGAACCUGGGGGAUCUGCCUUUUUUUUCCCGAUGCAAUGUUAGAGAGUUUAAUUGAAAUCUUACGUAUGCUUGGACUGUGUAUUUUUAAUUUGUGUGAACACGUGCAUUAAUUCCAGCUUACACCUCUUGCAGCAUUUGAAGCCUGGUGGAAUACUGCAAUGGCAGCUCAGAUGACUGAUGCUCAUCGACGGUUCUUGCAGGUCCUGAUGUCUCAUGGGAUAAUGGAAGGAUCAGAGGCUAGGAAAUUACACAGGCGCUGCUGUGAAAUCCAUAAAGUCUACUACGCGCAUGAUAAACUGGAUGAUUUCAUCAGUACCAUUAACAGCCAUCUACAGCCUUUGUUUAUGCAGAUCCGGAAAGGAAUGUCAGAAGGUGAUGGGAGAGCACAUUAUGCUUUAGUGAAUUUGGCAGAAACUGAAAUAACUAAAAUGGCAUCGGACUAUACAGAAAAUGAAUUAGAAUUGUUCAGAAAAACAAUGGACCUAAUCAUCUUAUCAGAAAAUGGCUUUGCCUCUUCUACAGAUAUUUUAAACUUGACUGACCAACUGAAGACAAAGAAAAUGAAGAAAAAGGAAGCGGAACAAGUGCUGAAAGUUUUUGUGGAGGAUAAGUGGCUCUCUGAGAGAAAUGGAGAAUAUACUCUGCAUACUCGCUGCAUAAUUGAGAUGGAACAAUACAUUCUCAGCAACUACCAAGAUGUGGCAAGGAAGUGUAACAUCUGUCACAGCCUUGCCAUCCAGAGCCAAGUAUGUGAAUCCUGUGGAAUUGGAAUGCAUUUACCUUGUGUCAGAAAAUACUUCAGAGCUCAGACUGAACCACGCUGUCCGCAGUGUAACGAUUUCUGGUCUUGUGACAUUCCAGGUAUAAAUCGGAUAGACUCCCAGUCACCAUCAAAAAGGGAGAGCAGAGAGGAGCUUCAUUCUUGGCACUAGACGAUGCUAGUAAAACUCGCUUUCAGUGAAAACUUUUUUCCCACUUGCAGAAUAGCUGGACUGUAGUAACAGUGCAUUGUUCAGUGUACUUAUUUUUUCCUGAAGUUUUAAGGAUUUUACAAUAAAACCAACAUCCUGAAUGAAAGAAUC